AUGUCGAUUGCAAAGCUCCCUUCAUGGGCUUGUAAGAUAUGUCAGUCCUCAGAAGGUCUAGGACCUAUUUCCUAUUACGGUGACUUCACACAAUGUUUCAUUGAUGGUGUAGUAUUAAACUUAACUGCGUUAUACAUGAUAAUAUUUGGUACUAGGGAUAUUGUACGUUUAGUGACUGCAAAACAUUCCGGUAUUAAAUAUAGAAGACAUUGGUUGAUUGUCAGUAGAAUGACUCUAGUACUAUUGCAAAUUCUUUUCACAGCUAUAGUAUCGCUUUCAUUAACUACUGAGAAACAUAGGGAUUUGACAGUUAUUAGUCAAUAUACUUUGACACUCAUUUCUUUAUUUGUGGCAUUAUCUUUGCAUUGGGUCGAAUAUCAUAAAUGUAAAGUUUCUAAUACCAUUGUAUUGUUUUACUGGUUGUUUGAAUCCUUCGGUAAUGUUUCUAAAGUGAUAAAUUUCGUAAUUAGAUAUAACUAUGAAAACCGUUGGACAUUCGGACAUACCAUCUUCAUUUUCACAUUGUUCCAAGCAAUUACUUGCAUUUCUAUCUUAGCUUUGGAAAUUUUCCCAACUAAACCAUUAAGACCUUAUCAGGAGAUUCAGGAACAUCUAUCAAGAAGAAAAGUUAAUCCAUAUGAUACUGCAAAUAUUUUCUCUAGAAUUUCCUUUACAUGGAUGUCUGGUUUGAUGAAAACGGGUUAUAAGAAGUAUUUAGUCGAAGAAGAUUUGUAUAAAUUACCAGAAAGUUUUGGAAGUGAAGAAUUGGCUGCGUCAUUGGAUAAGAACUGGGAAAAUCAAUUGAAAAAAACUAGUAAGCCUUCUUUAACAUGGACUCUAUGUUUAACUUUUGGUGGGAAAAUGCUUGUUGCCGCUUUAUUUAAAGUUUUACAUGAUAUUUUGGCAUUUACACAACCUCAAUUACUUAGAUUAUUGAUCAAAUUUGUCACUGAUUACAAUAAAAAUAUUCAUGAUGCCUUAGAAGAUCAUUUACCAGUUAAGAACUUACCAAUUAUCAGAGGGUUUAUGAUAUCUGUUAGUAUGUUUUUUGUUGGGUUCAUUCAGACUUGUGUGUUACAUCAAUACUUCUUGAAUUCGUUUAAUACUGGUAUGAACAUCAAAAGUUCCUUGACAGCUAUUCUUUACAAAAAAUCAUUAGUUCUAUCUAAUGAAGCAUCCUCAACUUCAAGUACUGGUGAUAUUGUUAAUCUAAUGAGUGUUGAUGUUCAAAAACUACAAGAUUUAACACAAUGGUGUCAUUUAAUUUGGUCCGGUCCAUUACAAAUAGUCUUUUGUUUGGCAUCGUUAUACAAUUUGUUAGGUAAUUCUAUGUGGGUGGGUGUUAUUAUUUUAGUUGUUAUGAUGCCUGCUAAUUCUUAUAUUAUGAAAUAUCAAAAGAAAUUACAAAAAUCUCAGAUGAAGUUUAAGGAUGAAAGAACUCGUGUUAUUAGUGAAAUUUUGAACAAUAUUAAAUCCUUGAAACUAUACGCUUGGGAAACUCCAUAUAAGAAGAAGUUGGAACAUGUCAGAAAUGAUAAGGAAUUGAAGAACCUAACUAAAUUAGGUUGUUUCAUGGCUUUGUCCAGUUUCCAAUUUAAUGUUGUUCCUUUCUUAGUAUCGUGUUGUACUUUUGCUGUAUUCGUUUAUACUGAAAAUAAACCAUUGACUACCGAUUUGGUUUUCCCUGCAUUGACAUUGUUCAACUUGUUGUCAUUCCCAUUGAUGGUUGUUCCGAAUGUUUUAACCGGUUUUAUUGAAGCUUCUGUCUCUAUUGGUAGAUUAUAUUCAUUCUUAACCAAUGAAGAGUUACAGAAAGAUGCUGUCCAGCAUUUACCAAAGGUUUCUAACAACGGUGAUAUUGCUGUUAAUAUUGGUGAUGAUGCUACUUUUCUAUGGAAACGUAAACCAGAGUACAGAGUUGCUCUAAAGAAUAUUAAUUUCCAAGCAAGAAAGGCAGGAUUGUCAUGUAUUGUUGGUAAAGUGGGUAGUGGUAAGACAGCUUUGAUUCAAAGUAUGUUAGGUAAUUUGUUUAGAAUUAAAGGUUUCGCCACUGUUCAUGGUUCUGUUGCUUAUGUAUCCCAAGUUCCAUGGAUUAUGAAUGGUACUGUUAGAGAAAAUAUCUUAUUUGGUCAUAAAUACGACAAAGAGUUUUACGAUAAGACCAUUAAAGCCUGUGCUUUGACAAUCGAUCUUGCCAUUUUGAUGGAUGGUGACCAAACUUUAGUUGGUGAAAAGGGUAUUUCUUUGUCUGGUGGCCAAAAGGCCCGUUUAUCUUUAGCUAGAGCUGUAUAUGCAAGAGCUGAUACCUAUAUUAUGGAUGAUCCAUUGGCUGCUGUUGAUGAACAUGUCGCCAAGCAUUUAAUUGAACAUGUCUUGGGUCCAAAUGGUUUAUUACAUUCCAAGACUAAGGUUUUAUCUACAAAUAAGAUAUCUGUAUUGUCUAUUGCUGAUUCUAUCACUUUGCUGGAGAAUGGCGAAGUCAUUCAACAAGGCUCGUUUGACGAAGUCACCAAGGAUGAAAACUCUCCAUUAUGUAAGUUGAUUAGUGAAUUCGGUAAUAAUAAAAAUAACAAGAAGGUCGAUAACGCUGAAGAUGAGUCUGCUGUUGAGACACCAUCCACAGCUGCAUCUGUUCGGGAAGAUACUGUUCCUUUGGCUGAUGAAUUAGAAGAAUUGAAUAAAUUACAAGAUAUGCAUCUGGUUACAGAUGAAACUCAAAGUUUGAGAAGGGCAAGUAAUGCUACAUUGCGUAGUAUUGAUUUUGGUGACGAAGAGAAUGCCUCAAGAAGAGAGCAUCGUGAACAAGGUAAAGUUAAAUGGAAUAUUUAUUUGGAAUAUGCUAAGGCAUGUAACCCAAGGAAUGUUUUAAUUUUCAUUUUAUUUAUUAUCUUGUCAAUGUUCCUAUCUGUUAUGGGUAAUGUUUGGUUGAAACAUUGGUCUGAAGUGAACACUAAAUAUGGUGAUAACCCUCAUGCAGUUCGUUAUUUGGCUAUUUAUUUCGCUUUGGGUGUUGGUUCUGCGUUAUCUACAUUAAUUCAAACUAUUAUUCUAUGGGUUUUCUGUACUAUUCAUGGUUCUAGAUAUUUACACAAUGUGAUGACAAAUGCAGUCUUAAGGGCACCAAUGGUUUUCUUUGAGACUACUCCAAUUGGCCGUAUCCUGAAUAGAUUUUCUAAUGAUAUUUACAAAGUUGACUCUAUCCUUGGUAGAUCUUUCUCCCAAUUUUUUGUCAAUGCUGUUAAAGUAGUAUUUGUUGUCAUUGUUAUUUGCUUCACUACAUGGCAAUUCAUCUUUAUCAUUGUGCCAUUAAGUGUCUUAUACGUUUAUUACCAACAAUAUUAUUUAAGAACAUCAAGAGAAUUACGUCGUUUAGAUUCUAUUACUAGAUCACCAAUCUAUUCUCAUUUCCAAGAAACUUUAGGUGGUAUUGCCACAAUUAGAGGUUAUCAUCAAGAAAAGAGAUUCCGUCAUAUUAAUCAAUGUCGUAUUGACAAUAAUAUGAGUGCUUUUUAUCCUUCUAUUAAUGCCAACCGUUGGUUAGCCUUCAGAUUGGAAACUAUUGGUUCUGUUAUCAUUUUAGGUGCCGGUACAUUAUCUAUCCUUAGAUUGAGACAAGGUACAUUGACAGCAGGUAUGGUUGGUCUAUCCUUAAGUUAUGCAUUACAAAUCACCCAAACAUUGAAUUGGAUUGUUAGAAUGACUGUUGAAGUGGAGACUAAUAUUGUCUCUGUUGAGAGAAUUAAAGAAUAUGCUGAUUUAAAGAGUGAAGCUCCUGAGAUCAUUGAAGGAAGUAGGCCAGAACAAGGAUGGCCAAUAGCCGGUAAUAUUCAAUUUGAGAAUUAUUCCACUCGUUACAGAUCAGAUCUUGAUCUUGUUUUAAGAAAUAUCAAUCUAAAUAUUCAUUCCAAGGAAAAAGUUGGUAUUGUUGGCAGAACUGGUGCAGGUAAAUCAUCGUUAACUUUGGCGUUAUUCCGUAUCAUUGAAGCUAGUGCCGGUCGUAUCACCAUUGAUAAUGUUCCUAUUGAUAAAAUUGGUCUAUAUGAUCUAAGACAUCAUUUAUCGAUUAUUCCACAGGAUUCCCAAGUCUUUGAAGGUACUAUACGAGAAAACAUUGAUCCAACCGAAUGCUAUAGUGAUGAAGAGAUCUGGAAUGUCCUUGAAUUAUCUCAUUUGAAGGAUCAUGUCCUACAGAUGGGUACAGAUGGUUUAUUGACCAGACUAACUGAAGGUGGUGGUAAUAUGAGUGUUGGUCAAAGACAAUUGAUGUGUCUUGCCCGUGCAUUGUUAGUUCAAUCCAAGGUAUUAAUCCUGGAUGAAGCUACUGCUGCGGUGGAUGUAGAGACCGAUCAAGUGAUUCAACAGACCAUACGUACUGCAUUCCAAGACAGAACGAUUUUGACUAUUGCACAUAGAUUGAAUACCAUUAUGGACAGUGACAGGAUCAUUGUAUUGGAUCAAGGUGAGGUGAAGGAGUUUGAUUCGCCUGCUAAUUUGUUACAAAACCCACAAUCUUUGUUUUAUUCAUUAUGUGAAGAAGCCGGUUUAGCAAGUGGUUCGGUAUCGACUAAGGAUAUUAAGGAAGCUUGA